AUGGACAGGACAGAGUCUCCGGCCGAGACCAGGAUCGACCUGGAGAGCCUGGAGCAGCAGCUGAGCUCCGAGCUGUGGGAGCAGCCGGGGGUGUACGCGGCCCCUGAGACUGAGAGCGGCUCCGAGGCAGACGAGGCCCCGCAGGAGCGGAGCGAGGAGCCGAGCGAGGGGGACCCUGGAGGAGACGCCACGUCCACUCUGAGCAGCGUCCAGCCUCUGGUGAAGGACAGGGACCCAAAGGGAGUCAACAAAUGCCUUAAGGUGACCUUCGAGGACGUGAUUGCGGAGCCCCCGUCGGUGCGCAGCUUUGAUAAGGUGUGGCUGGGCAGCCACACUAUAUUCGAGGUGUCCCGCCUCUGGUUCUACCGGCUCAUCUCGCUCCUGCUGGCCGUGCCCGUCUCACUGGUCGCUGGCAUCCUGUUCGCCAUCCUCAGCUGCCUGCAUAUAUGGCUCAUCAUGCCCUGUGUGCAGCUGGCGCUGAUCAACAUGCACUGGAUCAAGGUGGUGUGGGGAAGCCUGCUGGACAUCCUCAUCGCCCCCUUCUUCAGCAGCCUGGGAAAGUGCUGUGGAGCCAUCAACAUCCAUGUGGCCAAGGACUGAAGCUGUGCACCUCUCAAUCACACACAAUCACACACACACACACACACGCACACAAACAAACACACACGCACACACACACACACACAUAAUUAUGUUAUGUAAAAUACAUUUAUCACAUGUCAUAUAUCAUGUAAUUAAGUAAGCUAGUUUCUUAAAUUGUCAAUCUUAGUGAGAAAUGACUGUGGCGUGCACAUCAAAGCCAUAGGUAAUGUCAGGCUAAGCCUCUGUAGAUAAGAGCAGAUGAAGUGAUAUCAGUCACCAUCUGCUGACUUAUUCAUGGACACUUUAAAGGCACGGUGUGAUCAAAUGACCAACAGAUCUACUGUACUUUGAGACCAUUCUUUUUGAACCACUGCAGAUAAGUAUGACUCUGUUAACUUUUUCACAUUU